UUCUCUGUGUUUAUUUCCGGAAGUAAGUUGUCAGUCUCCUACUUUCAAGACUCCCAAACUAAAAUAGCUCCACUCCAAGAGCUUCCGCAUUCUAGGUGUGUCCAGCUCCGCAGGAUGGCACAUUGGUUUCAUAGAAACCCGUUAAAGGCUACGGCACCUGUGACUUUUAAUUACUAUGGAGUGGCAGGGAGCCCUGCAGCCAACAAGAUAUGCAAUGACCUGAGGACAACUAGGGCAAGGCUGCUGGAGAUGUUCACUGAUAUCACCUGCAACCCGGAGAUCAUGAAGAAUGCCACAGAUGCAUACUUCUCUCUGCUGCAAGGCAAUGCCCAGCAAGAUGCAGUAUUUGAAUUGGUCUCCAUGGCCUUCAACGUAGCCAUCUGGUACACCAAGUUUGCCUCAAGACUUGCUGGGAAGGAAAACAUAACAGAGCCUGAAGCCAAAGAUGUGCACAGAAGCUUGAAGGCUGCUGCGGGAAUAUUAAAAAAUCUCAAGGAGGUGCACAUUCCUCGCCUCAUCACGCCAGCUGAAAAAGGCAGGGACCUGGAGCCCAGAGUGAUUGACGCAUAUAUCAUCCAGUGUCAAGCAGAGGCUCAAGAAGUGACCAUUGCUAGAGCAAUUGAACUGAAGCACAACGCCUCACUUGUUGCAGCUUUGGCAUUUGAGACCGCAAACUUCUAUCAAAAAGCUGACCACACACUGAACACUUUGGAGCCGGAGUGCAGUAGCAAGUGGAGGAAGUAUCUUCAACUGAAACAGCACUUUUACAUGGCCUAUGCUUACUGCUAUCAUGGACAGACACUGCUGGCCAGUGACAAGUGUGGUGAGGCCAUAAGAUCCCUGCAGGAAGCAGAAAAAUGUUACUCUCGCGCUGAGGCGCUUUGUAAAGAGUAUCGCCAGACCAAAGGCCCGGGUAGCACGGCCAGACCAUCCGAGCAACUGUUCUUCCUCAAACUCGGGGGCCUCAUUAAAAACACGCUGGAAAAGUGCCAGAGAGAGAAUGGCUUUAUAUAUUUCCACAAGAUACCAGCUGAGGCACCCCAGCUGGAGCUGAAGGCGAGCUACGGCCUGGCUGAGCCAAUCCCCUUUGAGCUGCCGUCUCUCAGUGAACAGUUUACUGGUGAAGUCUAUGCCACGUUUGAUCUGACUAAGGGAGCCAAAAAUGACAAGGCCAAAUCCAAAGAUGAGGAAGUGAAGCCUGUGAAGGAGCCAGAUUUGAAGCCUCAGAAGGAUACAGGCUGUGUUAUUUCCUAAACCUUUCAUUGUCAUCGUCACUCUACUCUGUCAUCAAUUAUAAUGACAGCAUCUAUUUUCCUUUUUUCCAUAGGAAACAUUUUGAUUGAUUUUUUGGGUAUCAGUCCAUAAUCAUUUUUAUGAUAAUGAAGAAACAUAUGCAUUGUAGUUAGAGCCAUUAUCCUUUCACAUAGACCUGAAGUUAGUCAUUUGUUUUAUUAUUUGUAUUAGAUGCUGGAUUCACCUCCCCAUUGGCUAUCUGAAUGUAAACGCUUCUAAAUAAUUAGUGGUUGAAAAUGAAAAUAAAAAGACCAAUGUGCAGAAAAUGCAAGUUAUGGAGAAGAAGAGUUUUUUUGGGAACACAAAUAUAGAGAUUUUUUUUGUUAUUUAAAAACAUGUUAUGAGAGACGGGCCUAUGGCUCACAGUGUCAUCAGUGGUGCCUUUGGCUUAAUACGUUUGUGUGUGUGAAAUUAUCUGAUUCUAGAAAGGUUUUUCCUUACAAUAGAUAUCUCAACUGAUCUCUUAAAGAUGCUGAACAGGUCCUCAGAAUAUGGACAAAAAUAAAAUCAUACAAAAAAUAGCAUACCAAUGGUUAGGUUGUCUUCCAAAAUAGAGUUUAGGUUAUUUGAAGGUAUCCUGAUUUAGUGAAGCGCAUUAUGUUAAAAAUUGAGGAUUUAUGAAAAUGCAGAUCAACAAAAGACAGAAACAGGCCAGCAUGUGUUUUGUUUUGUUUUGUUUUUUUAGUUUACUUGGCUUGCUAUAGCCCAAGCAGUUUACAAACAUUAUUUAGAUCCCGCAAUAUAUGUACUUUAAAUGAUUUUGCACAUUACAAAAUGUGCUUUACCAUUUGAACUUUUCAUCAGAGAAAACUUUAUUACUGGCUAUUGUAAAAGCAUUGGUUCAGAUGAAAAUUUUGAGAAUAUUCAUGUAUUUCUGUAUGUUUAGAUAUUGUAUGAGACUAUUUAACCCACUUAAGACGGUAUAAAAUGGUAUGUAGCUAGUGAUUUUGGUGGAGUGUAUCUGAGUAGUCACUGAAUACCAUUAUGCUAACUCCUGUAGGAUCUUUUUAGUAACUCGUGUCAAUAGUGAACGCAUUGUAUGCACUAUACAUGUAUUGAGUAUUUGUCCCUGACGGGGACCAGAUUGGGACUUGGACACGAUCAGAUUAUCUAAAAUGUGUGUCUGUAGUAAUUUAACCUCAUCAUGAUUAAAUCCUACACUCAUUCAGGACUGUCACAUCUUUUCCACUUUCUGUCCUGCUUAAAUCAAUAUAGCAAUCUAUUGCUGGAACAUUUUAUAAAAUAUCAUAUUGCAUAUACGUACUAAUAGGAUGUGCAGGCAUCUAUGUAACUUCCUUGUCUUUAUAGCACAUUUUAUAGCACAUUAUAACAUCUUGCACUUUAACAUUACAUUUCAGUUGGUUUGAAUAGGUUUUGUCUGACUGUCUUUUAUUACACUUGGGGAAGUGAAUUUAAUUUUUGGAGUACUAUCCUUUUUCAGGCAACUGUGAGGUGAGUCAAGUCAUCAUUGCUCUGUGCACAUGAGUUCCUCCUGUAUCCGCCUUUGGUGUCCAUUUAAAAUGUAUAUUAAAUCCUAAGAAAAGAAAAA